AUGGCAUCAAACUACUGGGACUCCACCCAAGCCAAACACUGGACCUUCACCAAACCCGAACUCACCGAGAUCCGCCGCAACCUCACCGCCUCCAACCCCGGCCUCGCCACCAAACACCCCCUCCCCGACCCGCGCCACAUAAACAUCUACCUCCAAACGCAUCUCCAAAAACUCGCUCGCCGUCUUAACCUCCGCCAACAAUCCGUUGCCACGGCCCAAAUCUACCUCAAACGCUUCUACCUCCGGAUCGAGAUCCGCAAAACGAACCCCUACCUCAUCAUGGCCACGGCAUUGUAUCUAGCCUGUAAAAUGGAGGAGUCACCGCAGCAUAUCAGGCUCGUGCUAGGAGAAGCGGCCAGGUUAUGGCCGGAAUUACAUGCUAAUGAGACGGGGAAGAUAGGGGAGUGUGAGUUUGCGAUGAUUUCGACCCUGCAGAGUAGAUUGAUUGUGCAUCAUCCUUAUCGGAUCUUGACGGAGUUUGGAGGGCUGUUUGGGCUGAGCUCGGAGGAGAUGGUGUUGGCGGGGAGUGUGGUCAAUGAUUGUUUCGUUACUGAUCUGCCGCUCCUCUACCCACCGCAUGUUAUGGCCAUCGCUGCGAUCUUCCUCGCUGUCGUGCUCCGGCCCGCGGGUCAACCGGCUGGACUACAAGCGCAUUCCUCUUCUGGCCCUUCGUCGCCGGCAGGAGUGGCGGCUUUGAGUGCUGGAGCGGCUCAGAGUGCUAUGGCGGGGAUUGCGGGACUGAAGCAGGCGGGUCCGAAACUCGGGAAGUUGGUGGAUUGGCUGGCUGAGUCGAGGGUGGAGAUGGAGAGUGUGGUUGAUGCUGUGCAGGAGUUUGUCAGUCUUUAUCAGUGUUGGGAGGAGUAUCAGGAGAGGGUGGUGAAGGAGGCGGUGGGGAGGUUGACUCGGGAGGGGAAGUGA